GAAUCUUUAUUUUCUUAUUUUUAUCGUAAAUUCAUCAGUCGAAAAUUCAUUAAAAUGCCUAAAUAAUGCAAUAGCCUGUUUUUAAGUAUGGCGAAACACGUUUUCUUGCGUUUGAAAUGAAUUAGAAAAUCUGAGCAUCGAUUAACGCAUACAAAACAAGCAAUCGGUUAUUUCACGGAACAAACUAUAUAUCAUUCUAUCGCGUUUAUAAGAAAAUCAGUAAUAAAAGUAGAUGUUUUUUUUGUGCUACAAAGCUCUAGGGAUCUAAUAUACGAAAUUUUUUUUUUAAUGAUAAAUGUCGAAAAUAGCAUUUACGGUGAGUUCAGACAUAAUUCUUGAAAAAUUUUGGUGAACAAGAUGAUAAGCUUUAUUUUUAUAUAUAAACUGUUGUCGAAAAAAUACCAUUUUAUAUUCACUCAUUAUUUAUAUUCUAUUGUCUAUAUUCAUUUCUCCAUUAUAAUGUACUUAUAUUCGAAAAUUAUGUGAUCACGGCGGGUAAAUAGGUAACCAAUCAAAACAAGUUACCUUGUUGCACUUUUCACUAUGAGGUUAUGUACAUUUAAAUCAAUUCGUGUAUUAUUUAUACUGUAACGAAUGUGUCUUUUUAAGUGUAUAUAAUAUUUUUUCUUUAAAAGAAAAUAUUUUUUUGAAUCAUUUAUAAUGCGAAUAUUGGAACUAUAUAGCGGUAUUGGCGGAAUGCAUUAUGCCUUUCGAGAAAGUGGAGUGGUUGGAAAUGUUAUUGGUGCAGUGGAUAUAAAUCCUAUUGCCAAUAACGUAUAUAAACAUAAUUUUCCAGAAGUCUUACUCAUGAACCGCAACAUUGAAUCUAUAAGCGAAGAGGAAAUUAUAAAUCUAAAUAUAAAUAUGAUACUUAUGAGUCCUCCUUGUCAACCAUUUACUAGAGUAGGAUUGCAAAAGGACAAAUUAGAUAACAGAUCAUGUUCACUGUUUCAUCUUUUACAAAUUAUACCACAAAUUUCAUCUUUAAAGUAUAUAUUAUUAGAGAAUGUGAAGGGAUUCGAAAACUCAGAAACAAGAAUAGAAUUACUGAAGUGCCUUAAAAAUUGCAAUUUUAAUUAUAAAGAAUUAAUUUUAAGUCCAAAUCAAUUUGGUAUUCCAAAUACCAGGCAUAGAUAUUAUUUGCUUGCUAAGAAAAAAGGUUUAAAAUUUUGUUUCGAUGAUUCUGUAUUAGACCAUAGCCUUUCUCAAAGAUUAAUGACACUUCUUCCACAAAGUAAACAUAAACUGCUUAUAGAAAAAGAUCAUGUAGAUAAUAUGGAAUGCGGUGUUAUCUGUUAUAAGUUAAAACAUAUUUUAGAAACUUGUGAAGAAUCAUUAUACUUAAUUCCUAAAAAUAUUCUACAGAAACGAGCUACACUGUUAGAUAUAAGAACAGCAGAAAAUUUUGGAUCUUGUUGUUUUACAAAAGCUUAUGGACACUACAUUGAAGGUACAGGUUCUGUAUAUUGUCCAUUUUCAGAAGAAAUAGUACAAAAAAGACUUAUUGAAUCAACCAAAUAUGAAAAAUAUUCAGAAGAUCAAUUACAACUUUUUUUAUCUUUGAAGUUAAGAUAUUUCACACCAAAAGAAGUGUCUAGGUUAAUGUGUUUUCCAGAAGAUUUUACAUUUCCAAAUAGUACAACAAUUAAACAAAAAUACAGAUUAUUAGGUAAUUCAAUUAAUGUUGAUGUAGUUAGCAAAUUAAUAUUUUUAUUAUGUACUAAAGAGAAUGAGAAUAUAUGAGAUAUUUAUUUAAAUAAAAGUAUU